GUGCACAGCAAAACACAUGUUUGCAAAAACAAAAAUAAUAGAAACAAACUAGCAACAACAUAUGCUCGCAGUCCUUAAAAAAGAAAAGAAAACAUUUACAGGUUUACGACCCGCGGGAGAACCGUGCUAUUCGGGGAACAAGCCAGAGUGACAGCCCCUAGCGCUGGGCACUAAAAUAAUAGAUCUCGAGCCCCGACUUUAAUUGAAAUUUAUUUGUUGUGAUGCGGCCGUUACUGGGGGUUCCAUAAAGCCAUAGCCAGGGUCUCCAGUUGUCUCCACCAUCCAUCCUCCUGCUCCCGAAACCUUAAUUAACCGGAGGCAUUGAGCAUGUUAAGAUUAAUUGGAGGCAAUCAAUGUGCCUAGGAACUUCGAAUCGAACGGAAGGGAAGCGAGUUCCGCGCAGAAUAAACAUCCACAUCGAAAUUACCCUGGUCAAAAUAUUAAAUUCCAUGGAGGAGGAACGCAACGAGAAGAAGGUCCUUUGCGAGAAGAUCAUCAGGGACAUUAAUGCGGUGUUCCUCAAGGAUCAAGAUCUCGCUUCCUUCGAGAUCAUACCCAAGGAGACCAACUGCAACAAGUCGCCGGUGGUGCAUGUGGAGCACAAUCUCGGUCUUGAAUCGUGGUGUGCCCAGCAUGUCUACGACCAUGCCCACCGCACCCUUAUCUCCCAUCGUCGCCAGACUUCGGCCCAACAGCUGCGAACGCUCCAGCAACAGCAACAGAGUGAUUCUCUGGCGAAGUACCUGAAUGUGGCCCUUUUAAUCAAUCCGGAUGUGACUACUUUCUGGCACAUUCGCCGCCAGUUGGUGCAAAAGAAUCGGCUGAGCAUUAACAAGGAGCUUCAGUUCUCAGCCCUCGUGCUCUCUAUUAAACCGAAGUCGAAUGAGGCAUUUGCCUACCGCCGCUGGCUGUACUCCUUCCAAAGUGCGGAUGCCAUCGACUGGCCCAAUGAAAUCGGGAUUUGCGAAAGAGCCGCCGAUAGAUGCGCUAGUAACUACCACGCCUGGUCGCAUCGCCAAUGGAUCCUGCAGAGCGGCCCCUGUCUGCUGCAAUCGGAGCUCCUACGCACAGAGAAGUUUAUGCGCAAGCACAUCAGCGACUACAGCUGCUAUCAUUAUCGCCAGGUGCUUUUAAAUCGCGCCUUUGAACUCAACUUUGCCCUACCUAACGAUUCCAGCGCCAGUGGCUCUGCGUCGUUGGCCAGUCUGCAGCAAUUAAUGACCAAUUAUGGAUUGAAAUGCGAAGCCAAGGCAGAGGAUUUGCUAGAGCUGCUGGUGCCUCAUGUAGACCGGUGUUCCAUAAGCAACCAAAAGUUCAAAUCAUUUCUUUACUGCUGCAAUGUGGCCGCCAACGAUAUCCGGUUGUGCGCGGAACAGCGGUUGAUGUACGGACAACGGGAUUGCUUUGAACUGCAUCGCCGGGCAGCCCUGAAGUUUAUCGUUGAGCAGUGCGUUCGCCUGCAGAUGGGUUUGACCAGCGGACAUCCAUUGCCCAUGGUGGCUGAAGAUCUGCGCUUGUAUUUGAACAACUUCGACUUUGAGAAGCAUCCGUUUUUGAAUGCCGUUCGGCGCGAGGAAUCCUCCCUAGGCGGCAAGCACCGGCGCUGGUGCAAUCUCCACCUGAGCUUUGGUUAUCCGACCGAUUAGACAGCGGGACCUGAAUAACGUUGAGAAGAAGCUCAAAUCAAUCUACCCCAAUAGGAAAACUUACGCUCGUUACUUGUUUCUGUUUUCCAUCCGUUUCAAAUUGUGGCAAGUGUUUUUUAAAACUUUCAAAUUGUAUUACUUAAUAACAAAGUAGUAUUACCCAUCUUAAUUUAGUGUUCUGAACUAAAAAAAAUAACUUUGACAAAAAGACUGUUAAUUGUCUUUAACGGCCACAAAAAGAAAUAAGAAACAAAUUUCAAACGGAUUUGGAAACGGAAAACAGUUUUCUAUACAUAUACUCUAUAUUGUACACCCCAAAGACACAGUUUAACUAGCCCGAUAUGACAAAGGACUCUUGAUAGUCCACCAAUCGCAUUUCGAUAUCUGUUAGCUUUAACUAUAAUUCUGUUUAAUCUGAUCUGUAUUCAGAUGUACCAUUUAACCAAUUAUCGCCAUGCCAUGCACGUGUUUGUUGUUAGCCAAUUUGCAGUUAGUUUUUAAAUAAAUCAAACCAAUAGCAGCUCAA